AAUUACAUCAUUAAUGAAGAAAAUCGAAAUGAAAGCAGCAAUUUUGUUAAGGCAAAAAGAAGAAGAAAUUGCUAAAGCUGCUAAGAAAACAAUGGAGCUCGAAAUUUUCCUGAGAAAAUUAGAAACAGAAAAUCAACUAUGGCAGAAAAUCGCUCAAGAAAACGAAGCAAUGGCCAUGUCUCUCAACAACACAUUAGAUCAAAUGAGAGAAAAAGCUUCUAAUUCCAUGGAAGAUGCAGAAUCCUGCUGCGACAUGAACUCCGCCGCCGCCGUGGAGGAAGAAAUCCGACCAGGGUGCUCUGUUUUGGAACAGGGGAGAAUGAAGAACAGGAUGAUUUGCAGAGAGUGUAAUCAUCGGAAUUCGACAGUGAUUCUGUUGCCUUGUCGGCAUCUGUGUUGUUGUAAGGAUUGUGAAACGGUCGUGGAUUCUUGUCCGGUUUGCAGAACGGGGAAGAAAGCGAGCAUAGAGGCGAUGAUUUUCUGAGAAAAACCCAGAAAUUUUCUUUCCCGGGAAAAGGCGAGAAAAUCAGAUAGGAAAAUGUCAAUAGAAGAAGGCACUGUUCUUCAACGUUUCUUCUUUUUUUUUUUUUUUUUUUUUCUGUUUCAUCUGAUUUUGGAUUGGAAAAUUGUACUUUGAAAUUCUACCAAAAUGAAGUGGACAGAUUAUUACAAGACAGAGU